AGAUGCUGCAGCCAAGGGUCCUGCACUGAAAGGGACAAUGAAGCUUAUGGGCGUGCUUGUCAGCAUGCGUAGAACUGGGCCAGAACACUCUGAAGAAGAACAAAAAUGGGCCAGGGAUUGCAUUUCAGUCCAGGGCCCCUCUGGCUGGCUGAAUGAUGGUAAUAAGUUACUAAUGCCAAAUACCAAUCAUAGGGAUAUAAUUCAGCACUUUCAUGAUUCUUUUCACCCUAGAAGGGAUUCUUUGUUUCUGUUAAUGUCUCAUUUGUUUAUAGGGGUAAAUCUUUUCAAAACACUAAAACAGGUGACUCAGCACUGUGAGCUCUGUGCCUGACAUGACCCAAACAGCCAGCAAUUUUCUCCUUCUCCAGUUAAACCUGUCCAAAAUUGAGGAACCUAUCCAGUUUCAGCUCAGCUGGGGAUCUAGUCUCACUAAAGACGCGGGAGGAAGUUCUCCAGCUGAGCAGCUUUCCCCAACGUGGAAAGGACCACAGCAAGGACACCUGAGCUCUCCAACAGCCGUUCAACGCCAAGGGAUUCACAGUUCUGGGAGGUGAUCUCCGAUGAACAUGCCGUCGACUCCGCUGGCACCUACCACGGGGACAGCCACCUGCAGCUGGAGCGCAUCAACGUGUACUACAACGAGGCCAGCGGUGGCAGGUACGUGCCCCGCGCUGUGCUCGUGGAUCUGGAGCCGGGCACCAUGGACUCUGUGCGCUCAGGGCCCUUCGGGCAGAUCUUCAGGCCGGACAACUUCAUCUUCGGUCAGUGUGGGGCCGGAAACAACUGGGCCAAGGGACACUACACAGAAGGCGCGGAGCUGAUGGAGUCAGUGAUGGACGUUGUCAGAAAGGAGGCUGAGAGCUGUGACUGCCUGCAGGGUUUCCAGCUGACCCACUCCCUGGGUGGGGGGACUGGGUCUGGGAUGGGUACCCUUCUGCUCAGUAAGAUCCGGGAGGAGUACCCAGACAGGAUCAUAAACACAUUCAGCAUCCUGCCCUCGCCCAAGGUGUCAGACACCGUGGUGGAGCCCUACAACGCCACCCUCUCAGUCCACCAGCUCAUAGAAAAUGCGGACGAGACCUUCUGCAUAGAUAACGAAGCGCUAUAUGACAUAUGUUCCAGGACCCUAAAACUGCCCACACCCACCUAUGGUGACCUGAACCACCUGGUGUCUGCUACCAUGAGUGGGGUCACCACGUGCCUGCGCUUCCCCGGCCAGCUGAAUGCUGACCUGCGGAAGCUGGCCGUGAACAUGGUCCCGUUUCCCCGGCUGCAUUUCUUCAUGCCUGGCUUUGCCCCACUGACCAGCCGGGGCAGCCAGCAGUACCGGGCCUUGACUGUGGCUGAGCUUACCCAGCAGAUGUUUGAUGCUAAGAAUAUGAUGGCCGCUUGCGACCCUCGCCAUGGCCGCUACCUAACGGCGGCUGCCAUUUUCAGGGGUCGCAUGCCCAUGAGGGAGGUGGAUGAACAAAUGUUCAACAUUCAAGACAAGAACAGCAGCUACUUUGCUGACUGGCUCCCUAACAAUGUAAAAACAGCCGUCUGUGACAUCCCACCCCGGGGGCUAAAAAUGUCAGCCACCUUCAUUGGGAAUAAUACGGCCAUCCAGGAACUCUUCAAGCGUGUCUCAGAGCAGUUCACAGCAAUGUUCAGGCGCAAGGCCUUUCUCCACUGGUACACGGGCGAGGGCAUGGAUGAGAUGGAGUUCACCGAGGCCGAGAGCAACAUGAACGACCUGGUGUCUGAAUAUCAGCAAUAUCAGGAUGCCACGGCCGAGGAGGAGGAGGAUGAGGAGUGUGCUGAGGAGGAGGUGGCCUAG